UCCCUCUUACAUGAUCAAAUUACGUACCAAUAACAUAUCCCAAAAAUAACCAACCAAGAAGCCAAUAUGACACCUCCAGCUUUAGAAACCAAACUCGAUUAUGGUAAAGACUCAUCAAAAUAUGAGCAAGAAGAAGAAGCACUUUUUGCAAAUGGAAUUCAAAUUGCAAAUUCUUGUGCCCUUCCUAUGGUCCUAAAUGCAACCAUUGAGAUGGGUGCGCUACAAAUAAUCUAUGAUCAAGCGGGCGAAAAGGGGCUCUUGCCUGCUGAGAUAGCAGCCCGAAUCGAGGCCCGAAACCCGGAAGCUCCAGCCAUGUUGGACAGGAUGCUUAGGCUCCUGGCCACAUUCUCUAUCGUCGGUUGCACCACUAUCUCUACCGCUAACGGCGGUGUUGAGAGGCGUUACAAGUCGGCGCCAUUGACUAAGGUUUAUGUUCCUGAUGAAGAUGGGGUGUCAUUGGCGCCUAACUUGAAGUUGUUUACUGAUAAGGUCUUUCUUGCAAGCUGGAGCAAGCUGAAAGAAGCAGUGUUGGAAGGAGGAAUACCAUUUAGUCUGGUACAUGGGAUGCAUGCAUUUGAGUACCCAGCUGUUGAUUCAAGGUUUAAUGAAGUCUUUAACAAGGCAAUGGCUCAAUCAGUUAUGUUUGUGAAGAAGAUCUUCAAUAAAUACAAAGGUUUGGAAAAUAGCGAUGUAAAAUAUCUCGUUGAUGUAGGUGGAGGUCUUGGUCACUCUAUUCGUUUCAUAACAUCUCAGUAUCCAUCCAUUAAAGGCAUCAACUUUGAUCUGCCUCAUGUCAUCGCAAAUGCCCCUCCAUCGCCAGGUGUGGAACAUAUUGGUGGAGAUAUGUUUGAAAGUGUCCCCAAAGGAGAUGCCGUCUUUCUUAAGUGGAUUCUCCAUGAUUGGAGCGAUGAACGUUGCUUGAUAUUGUUGAAGAAUUGCUACACGGCGUUGCCAGAGAACGGAAAGGUGAUCGUCGUGGAGGCGAUCGUUAACGACGAGCCCGAAACGACGACUUUUGCACGGGCCAUUACCCAGGUGGAUCUAUUGAUGAUGACACAAAAUCCAGGAGGAAAAGAGAGGAGUAAGAGGGAGUUUGAGGCUUUAGCCAAAGGAGCUGGAUUUGGUGGCAUUAACACUCAUUGUUGUGUGCAGGGCAUGUGGGUUAUGGAAUUCUACAAGUGAUGUUGCCAUGUUGGGUAUCUAAUCUUUAGCAACUAUCACAUUGUGAUUUCCAUAUUGUUACAAUGAUCUUAAUCAUCUAAAAUAAAGUUAAUGGAAGUGUAAUGAAAAAUCAUUUAUCUAAGAUCAUUCACGUGUUUUUGUGCUUCCUUAGAAUGAAAUUGACAAAAAAAUGGCUUCUAUAUGAUGGGUACCAUUUGGAAAUUUUCACA